AUGUCCCGCCACCAUCCCGAUCUCGUCAUGUGCCGCAAGCAAGCUGGAAUCUCUAUCGGCCGCCUGUGCGACAAAUGCGACGGUAAAUGCCCCGUCUGCGACUCCUACGUGCGCCCCACAACCGUCGCCCGCAUCUGCGACGAAUGCUCCUUCGGAAACUACCAAAACAAGUGCGUCGUCUGCGGCGGCGAGGGAAUCUCUGACGCUUACUACUGCUUCGAAUGCACCCGGCUAGAGAAAGACCGCGACGGGUGUCCGAAGAUCAUAAAUUUGGGGAGCAGCAGGACGGAUCUGUUCUACCAGAAGAAGAAUUUCAGGAAUCAUUAG